AUGUUUCGCCUGGCUCUCCGUUCCCGUUUCGUGGGCGUUUCGUCCCGCUUGUACCAUCUGGCUUCACACCCAAACAUCCUUAUCAACCAGAAAGCGCCAGAACUGAUUCUUCUUACGAAAGCGUUGGACUACCUUCCCAAGUAUGGGUUCCAUAAACAGUGUAUUGACGAUGCCGUGAGAGAUUUGGGCUACGCUGACUCCUUGCAAAGCGUCAUUGCUGCUAACCCACUGAACGAGCUGCCUGAGCUUCAACUUACCCUCUUUUGGUUGAAACACCAGAGACAGAAGCUCUACGAGCAUGUGCUUGAUCCUGAGCUGAAGUUCCAUGCUAUCCCUGAUGAAUUCGAUAGAGCCGCCUACCUCUUGAAAGAACGUCUUUCCUAUAACGAGCCCGUGGUGAGCCAGUUGGGCCUGGGCCUCUCCCAGUUGGUGCUUCCCUACAAUUGGAACGCUUCGCUUGCCGAGCUCCAUGCUCUUAGCGACGACAUUGCCUACUACGCUGGCGACAUGUCUAACGACUCCGCCUGGUACGCCAAGCGUCUUCUUCUUCUGUCUAUAUACGUCAAGCUGGAGCUCUACAUGCUCCUGGACCUGAGCCCCGACUUUGCAUCCACUCGUCUGUUUGUUGAUCGCAACGUGCUGGCGGUUCGGUUCAUGGGCGACUCAUACAACGCCGUCGAGCAGUGGUCUUUCUUCAACGCCAUCUCCUUAUUCAACCUCAUCCGCUCCCAGCUUGCACGCGGUUAA